AUGCCCGGCCUCAAGGUGUCCCUUUCAACCGGCCUCGCUGCCCUGCUGGGCGCCCUCGUAACCGGUGGUAUCGCCGAGUCCGGAGGCGCUCUUUUCGUGUCCAUGAACUACUGCUCCGUCGUCAUGAACACGCAGUGCCACGUCUCCGUCAUGACCUCGGCUCCUGCUUCGGAUUCCGGCCCAGGGUCUGCCUCUACUCCCGCUCCCCAGCCGGCCUCUGGCUCUGCGCCUGCUCAGUCCGCUCCCGCUCCCGCUGCCGCUGCCGCCACCGAGACCAGCCGCCCCGUUGAGGCCAGCGCCGCCGUUGCGUCCGUCGUCCCCAUCUCCAGUCGCGCCUCCGUCCCGGCUCCAGCCGCGGCCGGGAGCACCGAGGCCGCCGUGUCCAUUGAGGCCGCUUCUCCGAGCCAACGUACCAGCGAGAUUGCCAACUCUUCGAGCGCCGUGACUCGCCCGUCGUACGCUGGUUCCACGGCCUUUACUGGCUCUACAGUUGCCGCCGCCGCCGGCGGUGCCAAGGCACCCCCCGCCGUGAUUUGGGGAGCUGCCUUCCUGGCCGUGGCCACCCUGCUUUGA